GACGAGCUCCCCGGGGGUGACGUCACCUCCCAUCGCACCGACGGACAACACGCGGAUCCCUGUCUACGUGGCGGAGCGGAAGAGGAGCGCGUCUAAGCGGAGAGAGUUGUCAGCAGCGAGACGAACCGAUGAACAUGUCUGACUCCAACCCUCCCAUAUCCCCCCCCGCUCCUCUCUCUGACCCCUCCCACACCGACGCCAACCCCCCAGGAGAAGACACACACACAGCUCUCCCGCCUCCCACACCCAUCCUCCAGCCCUCGUUGGCCACGGAGGGUUCCGAGGGCUCUGAGCCAGCCAACCAGGUGGCAGGAGAGGACGUGACCAGGGAAGACAGAGAUGAGGCUUCUAUUGACCAAUCAGGGUGCGGAGGCGUGGAGGAUCAGGUGACUGAGUGUGGCCAAUUGGUGAGCCUGGAGGCGGAGACCGCUGCUGCCGAGGGGGAGGAAGAGGACUCUCUUCAGGUCAAGGGGAAAGGUUGGGGUGGAUGGGGCUCCUGGGGGAAGUCUCUACUGACCAGUGCCACGUCUACUGUGGGUAACAGUCUAACUUCAGUAAAGGAGAAGGCCGGAGCUCUGCGUCUUCACAGGACCUCAGUAGGAGAGGAGGCGCGAGAGGAGGGAGAUGAGGAGAGGAAGGAGGGAGGAGAGGAAGAGGAGGAUAGCUGUCCUCAGUCAGCCCUGGUCACUACUCCACCACCAAGCAGAGGAGUACUGUCUACCAUCACACACGCUGGUAAAUCAGUGAUCAGUGGAGGUCUCGAUGCCUUAGAGUUCAUCGGUAAGAGAACCAUGACGGUCCUGGCAGAGACUGACCCUGGUUUCAGGAAGACCAAGAUACUAAUGCAGAGGACUGUCUCACUCAGCCAGAUGCUGAAGGAUGCCAAAGAGAAGGAGAGGGCUCGUCUCAGCUGCCAGCCAAUCAGUGAACCCACAGCUCACUACGGAAUCCUGUUUGAUGACUACCAGGGCCUAUCACACCUAGAGGCUCUGGAGAUACUGGCCAAUGAGAGUGAGGCUAAGGUUCAGUCGUUCCUGUCCUCCCUGGAAGAGGAGGAUCAGGAGGAGAUAAAGAAAGAACUGAUCGCCAUCAAGGACAUCUUCGUCAGCCACACGGGAGAGGAGGAGGAGGAGGGAGAGGGAGAGGAGAAGGAGGGAGAGGAGAAGAAAGAGGGAGAGGAGACGGUGGAUAGGGGUGAUCUAAGUCCCCAGUGUUCUACUCCUCUGUCAGCUGAUGGGGAGGAGUUUGUGAGCGUCCUGACUGAGUUGCUGUUUGAGCUUCACGUCGCUGCCACCCCAGACAAACUGAACAAGGCCAGGAUGAGAGCGCAUGAUUGGGUGAGAGAGGUGGAGAAACCUGUCGUCGUCACAGAAACCAUCGGGGGGGCGACGGAGGAGGAGCAAAGGGGAGAACCUGAAACAAGAGAGGGAGAAGAAGAGAAGAAAGAGGGGGAGGAGCUGGAGGAGAAGAAAGAGAAAGAGGGGGAGGAGCUGGAGGAGAAGAAAGAGGGGGAGGAGCUAAAGGAGAAUGAGGAAGAGAGACGAUCCAGGUCUGUAGAGGCAGUGUACCUGUCUUCAGUGGGCUCCCUGGCGGAGGUGACAGCCCGCAGUAUCGAACAGCUCCACAAGGUGGCAGAGUUGAUCCUCCACGGACAGGACCUGGAGAAGACUGCCAGAGUCCAGGCUCACAUUCUCAAAGGUCUGUUGACGUGUGCCAUGUGUCGGGAGGUGGGUUGUCUUGCCAGGAAGUUCUCUGAUACUCUGCUCACCGUUGGGGUUCAGAGAAAAGCAGAAGAGUUGAACCCUUUGGUUGACAGUGUGCUGCUUGAGGGUUCUAACAGCACCACAUACAUCCAGAACGCCUUCCAGCUCCUCCUCCCGGUUCUCCAGAUGUCACACAUCCAGACCCAGAGCUCUAGAACCCGCACGGAACCACAGCCCUAACCCUGUCGUAGCCACAGUAAAACACACCUCAUACUGCUGAAGUGCUGUUAGCAUACUAGCCAGUCCUAAUGAUGUAACUAUGUACAGGAAGAUAAUGUGAUAUAUAUAUAUAUAUAUAUAUAUAUAACAGUGAUAGUGAAGUCAACUACUAGGUUGCCAUAGUAACAUUUAUGUAGUAACUUAGUAUAGUUUCAUGUAGGGAACAACUUCUCAGAUUGAAGAGCUUGUACUCAUGUCUAUUAAGCAUCUCCAAAUGGAUUAUUUUAUUAUAUAUAUAUAUUAAUCAUAUUUCUAUAUAUUACUGUUCAGAGGUAAAUCUAAACAUGAUUCAUGUCAACUGGCUAAUUUAACCCCAGAUUAUGUCUUAUCGUUUUUAAAAAGCGAAACCAAAAAAAAUAGUUUUGUUGUUAAGAGUUUGUUUUUAGUGUCACGUAAACCAGAUCAGAGUAAUGUGUUGUUUAACAGUGGCGUCCCUGAAGCAAAUUAGGGUUCAGUGCUUUUCUCAAAAAGACACAUCGACAUAAAUAAAAUAAAUAAAUAAAUAAAAAUUGUUGCUUUGUCAGCUCAGGUGUUCGAAUCAGAGACCUUUGGGUUCCUGGGCCCAACGCGCUAACCGCUAACCAACGCGCUAACCGCUAACCAACGCGCUAACCGCUAACCAACGCGCUAACCGCUAGGCUACAUGCCGCAGGUAUUGAUGUUCCCUGCUUAAUGAAGGGGUGUUUCUUUACGUCGCAGAACAACUAACCUUGUUUAAAUGGUAGAACAACUAACCUUGUUUAAAUGUUAGAACAACUAACCUUGUUUAAAUGUUAGAACAACUAGCCUUGUUUAAAUGUUAGAACAACGAACCUUGUUUAAAUGGUAGAACAACUAGCCUUGACAUUAACGGACAAAGACAAAAAAGGACCAGAACUAUAAUGUUCUAUAUUUCUAUUUCAAUGUGUGUAUUUGUUUUUAGGUCCACUGGUUUAUUUAAGUCAUUGUUGGAUCAUUUAUUAAUUUGCUGCUAUGGUAACGGAGAUCACAAAAUACCAACAACGAAAAAUAAAAACACCUUUUUUAAACCUUU